GUUGCAUCGGGCCCUUCAAUGGCUGCUCGUGUAGUGUUGCAGCAAUGUCUCUCGGCUCGGCUGCAGGUGAAGCCGGCGGAGGACGGCGCCGCUGCUGAAUACGUUCAGAUACAAAGAGGGACACUGAUCUACGUUUGCUUUUUUCAAGGUGCUACUGUAGACCUGAUUCCCAAAAUGAUUAAAACACUGUUGAAUGUGAAACUCUGUGAGGAUAAUGAAGGCAACCACAUGUCAGUGCUGGAUCUACCUGCUAAUGUUCUCAUCAUACCUCAGGCUACGUUAGGUGGUAAAGUCAAGGGACGGGCCAUGCAAUACCAUUACAAUAUUGGAAAAGAGGAGGGAAAAGAGCUUUAUGCACACUUUGUAGCUCUCUGUGAAAAAGAGUUGGCCUCGAACAGUAAAUGUGCUGAAGCUGGAGUUGUGGUCAAGCAUGGAACAUAUGGAAACAGACAAGUAUUACAAAUGGACACCAAUGGCCCAUAUACACACUUGAUUGAAUUUUAAAUCAAUUCUGUAAUAACUAAAUAUUAUUUAAAAUGCUUUAUUUUUGUUGAUGUUGUGAUGUUAUCUCAACAGUGCAUUUUCUUUUCAAGAGCAGCUAUACAAUGAGACAAUUGAUUAUCAUUAGAAUUGUGCACUGGUAUCCAGGAUGGAAAUGGCAGUCUUGGUUGACGUUUGGACUUAUUUCCACCGUGUUGAAUUUUAACAAUUUGUGGAAAAUGAUUGAAAUACUUAAAAGUAAGAAUUGCAAGUAUUAAAAUAGUAAUUGGAGCACCCAGUCACAUUCCAACAUGACCAGUUUCCUUUGACUGAUAAUAAUGGAUGUGGGAAAGUUGAUGAUGACAAUAUUUUCUGCAUAAUUUCAAGUAGUAAAUAAAAACUUUUUUUUCUCCAUUGUGUCAAAGAGACUCCUGGAAACAGAUUUUGUUCUGUUUUCUAGGAACUUCUAUUUAUGAUUAUCUGCCCUGGAACUUCUCUGUUUACAAUAACCAUUUUACUGGUCUAAAUAUAAUCCUGUUCUUGUCAGAUUUUCUGUGAAUGUGCAUGUUACAUGUAAACCAAAAUGUCAACCAGAUCACAAAACUCAAAACUUAAACAUUAAUUAAAUUAAUUAUUACCAAUAAUUAAAUUGGUAAUAUGAAGCAGAAAAUAACCAAGUCAAAAUGACACUUAGGGUGUGGUUCACUUAAAGGGAAAAGAUCCAUUUAUGGAAGUUGUGGAAAAGCAAUAAAUACUUCCUAUAAGAUUCCCAGAUUUCUGUUAGAGCAUCAUCUCAGCUGAGGACCUUUUCAUACUUGCAUUUAGCUUAGUUGUAGCACCUUUGCCUCUGAAUUGUUUGGAGUGCUUAUUGAAAUUGAAGUACAUGGUCUGGCAUUUUGUUUUUGUAGUUCUGCCCUACAGUUCAAGAGCCCAUCAUUCAGAUGAAAUAUUAAACCCCAGCUAAUGGUUUAUGGAUAGAUUGGAUAUCUUGUUUCUCUCUUCAGAGAAACUGUUGUGAAAAGAAUUAGUUGCAUAAGCUUAUACUCUGCACAAAUAGAGCAGUAUUUUCUUACCUGCUGCAGGGAACAGGUAAGUCCCAUUCACCCCAAGAAUGCAGUCCACAUACUCCCUCUGAUUGUUCAAAGCAUGGUACUUUCAUUAGCACUUUGGAAGAGGUACAGCAUUCUGUCAAUAGAGAGAGGUUUAGUUAUCAUCAUCGUCUGCCUUGGAGAUGCCUGGUCAGUGCUGAGUGGCUUUUGCUUUUGUCAUUCACAUCUCUUUGCAGACUUUCUGUGUCCAGUGGGCCUGUUAAUCCUACUCACAUUCCAUCUGUUGGUCACCUCGUUCAACAGACUUGUCAUUUGUCCCUACAGAAAUGUCUUGAAAGAGAAGCUGUGAUUCCUUUUGUCUUUCCACAAAUGUUGUCUUUCUCAGGAGAGGCAAGUCAUUUCUAUUUGCCCUUGGAGGACAUCUCUGUCAAUAUUUCUUGUUAUGCUACCUUAGCUGUCCCCAGGCCAAUGUGUUCUGAGAAAACAUGGCAAUUAAGUUUUUACCCAUAAAUCUUUGUCUUUGUUGCUGUCCAUGUCCUAGUGCUGACCCAGGUCCUUGAUGGCAAUGAGCAUUACCACAAAGCCUGCAUCAUUCUGUGUCCAAACAAGGUAGAUUUCAAGAGAACAUUCCAAUGGGCUGUUCCUUAUUUGUAUUGUUGCACUUGCUGGCUUAGCUAUACAAAGUCUGACUUGCAUAGAAGUACACUUCUGAUUUGCUUUGUGUUUUUACAGAAAUUGCUGGAAAUACUCAGCAUGUCAAGCAGCAUCUGUGGAGGGAGAAAUGGUUAAAAUGUCAGAUUGAUGAUUUAAUGUUCUACUGAACGUCAUCAACUUAAAAGGUUAACUUCUCUCUCCACCUGCCUGACCUGCUGAUAUUUUCAGCUUCUGCAUUUUUUUUAGUUUUUAAACUCACUUUCUACAAUUGUGACAUUUUUAAAGUCGGGUUGAAGCCCAAUGUCCACAAAUUAAAUUGUGAUGUGCUUGUUUCCUGGUGACUAAGUGUACAAAAUAGCAGUUGGGUUCUUAUUUCAUGCCAGCGGUUUGUCAUAUUAAUGAUGGCUUCUCCAUAGAUAUCUGGGGUUCGGCCCAGAAUAGGAUUGUUGUAUUGUGUAAAUAGGAGGACUGAUGCAAAGUUGAGGCCCUCUUUACGAAAUUAGAUUGCACAGGUGUGUAUCAUGCAUUUUGGUUUCUGCAAGUGCUGGACAAUCAAACCAAUAGGAGCUAACCUGCAGAGAGACAAGUUCUGUCAUGUUCAUUUCCCUCAUUGUGGAGUUGGGAGGAACAACAGUUCAACAAAUGAACUGCUUAGUUGCUUGCUAUCACAUUGUUUUGGACUCUUCUCACAACUUCAUGAAAGUGCUUGAUUUUGGCAUCUCCCGGAGUCAAUGAGCUGCCUCUGGAACUGCAAUUGGGAUCUAAAGCUCUUGGCUAAUAGAGAAAUGAGGCUGUCAGACCCACAUCUCUCGUUCCUGUUAUUGGCCCCAGGCCCAUGCAGAGAAUACUGCAUGUAGAUUGCACUUGGUGUUGGGUGUGAUUCAAUUAUUUUGGCCCCUUGUCCCCAAAGAGCUGCUGAAUUGGUGGCUUGAGGCUUUGCAGCCAUUGGUUGAGAGAAAUAGAUUGUUCCUUUUGUCAGAAAGGCAAGUCAUUAUUUAUGUUUUUAUUAAUAUUUAACAUGCUUCAUAACCUUUCUAAACAAAGGUGACAUUUAACAUCUCAAGCUGAGAGGGGUGCAGGGGUAAUAGUGAAUGUAAUGCCAAAAUCAAAUGUAUGAAUAUGUACUUAAUAAUUCUUAGUUUGCAAGUACUCUUUAUUCACUUCCUAAAGCAUUAACAUGAGCCAUUGCACUCAAAAUUAGCAGUGACGUUAUAAUUUGAGAUUAAUGAGAUGAAUUCAGUGGACACUAUCUUGGGUAAAAGUCUAUGUAAAAUUGGAAACCAAUAAUGAAAAAGGUAUAAUAGAAUUGAUGUCCACAGUAUAAAUACAUAUUUCAGUUUUGAUGUCAGUACAAUGAAAAAUGAGUAAUGUAUAUAAUGGUUGGGGUCUUGGGAGCAAUACUUAAAGCCACUAUUUGAACUAAAGUAAUAUUUGAUAUGUUUCUUUGGUGUACAAUUAGUCCUUGUAAUGCAGUCCAAGUGAUUUUUAUGCUGACAAAUUUUGAGAUUAUCAGAUUUAUAUGUUCUGUCUGUACUAAAGUAAUGCACAAAGUAGGAGUCUGAAUCAACGUGUUGGUCACUGUUCUCUGCACCAUUUUCAUAAGUUUUAUUUGAUGCUUAUUUAUUAUGUUUUUUUCUCUUGAUUUCCACCUUCCACCCCACACCUCUAUCCUGGAAUCUUGGUGAAUACAGAUCUACACAUUGGUAUCAACUGUGAGUGUAUUAAAUAUUUAAUAAUGCCUCUUUAAGGGGCAAGGACAGAGUCUGUGGGUGCUUGUCAAUAUUUAUCCCUCGGUCACCAUGGUGAUUGUUAUCAUAUUACUGCUUAUGGGAUCUUGCAGUGUACAAAAAUUAACUCACUUUUCAUGGUUACUGGAGUCACUAUUUUGUAGCUGGAGUAUGAGUUGUAACAUAUCUCAUGAGAUCCUAUGUCUGUGAAAUGCAUUCUAUAAAUGUCUUUUUA